GGACAAUGACCUAAUAAUAUGGUUAAUCAUCACUGAACUGAUAAAAAAAAAAAGCCAACUCACUAUUUAAAGAGAGAUUUUAACAACAGAUAAAGGGAUGGACUCCUUGCUACUGGUGUAGGAUCUAAGUCCAGGUAUACAGUAGAGACUGGGUCACCUGCUUGCACUGCUUUUUUAUGAUCUCUCUAACAGUAAAAGCUUGACACAGGUGGUCGUUUCAAACCAAGCAUCAACUACAAUUGAAAACACUCAAUGAUGGACCCAAAUCAACAUUUGAAAAAGACAGCAGAGACAACACCUUCAGAGAAAAGGGAAACUAGAUGCUGCAAUGGAUUCAGGAUGUUCUUAGUAGCCCUGUCACUCAGCUUUAUGUGUAAGGCACUCGGUGGAGUUGUUAUGAAAAGUUCCAUCACUCAGAUAGAAAAGAGAUUUGACAUAUCAUCUUCUGUUUCUGGCUUAAUUGAUGGAGGCUUUGAAAUGGGAAAUUUGUUUGUGAUUGUAUUUGUGAGUUACUUUGGAUCCAAACUACACAGACCAAAGAUAAUUGGAAUUGGUUGCUUCAUUAUGGGAACUGGAAGUAUUUUGACUGCUUUACCACAUUUUUUUAUGGGCUAUUACAGGUAUUCUAAAGAAAGUCUUGUCAAUCCAUCAGAAAAUUUAACAACAAGCUUUUCAACCUGUUCAAUUAGUGAAAAUUUGUUACUCAAUAGUACAUCACCUAAGAUAGUAGAAAAAGGUUGUGAAAAGGAAUCUGGAUCAUAUCUAUGGAUAUAUGUACUACUGGGUAAUAUGCUCCGUGGAAUUGGGGAAACCCCCAUAGUACCCUUGGGGAUUUCUUAUAUUGAUGAUUUUGCUGAAACAGGACAUUCUUCUUUUUAUUUAGGUACUUUGCAUGCAAUAUCAAUGAUUGGUCCAAUCAUUGGCUUUAUACAGGGAUCUCUGUUUGCUAAAAUGUACGUGGAUAUUGGAUAUGUAGAUCUCAGCAGUAUCAGAAUUACUCCUAAGGACUCUCGUUGGGUUGGUGCUUGGUGGCUUGGUUUCCUUGUGGCUGGACUAUUAUCCAUUAUAUCCUCCAUUCCAUUCUUUUUCCUGCCCCAAAAUCUGGAUAAACCACAGAAAGAAAGUACAGAUUUAGGAUCUUCGCAUUUCCCCAAAACAAAUGAGACAAGGAGUCAAAUAGCUAAUGUGACCAACCAUGGGCAAAAUAUUAGUGAAAAUAUAACUGAUUUUUUCCAGUCCUUGAAAAGCAUCCUUACCAAUCCCCUAUAUGUUAUAUUACUGUUUUCAUCAUUGCUACUGUCCAGCAGCCAUAUUGGUGCUAUUACUUAUGUCUUCAAAUACAUAGAGCAACAGUAUGGUCAGUCAGCAUCUGAGGCUAACGUUUUUCUUGGAACCAUAACCUUACCAACUGUUGCAACUGGAAUAUUUACAGGAGGAUAUAUCAUUAAAAAAUUCAAACUUAGCUUGCUUGGAAUUGCCAAAUUAUCAUUUUAUACCAGUGCAUUGGCCCUCAUAUUUCAACAAUUCAACUUUGCAGUAAUUUGUGAAAGCAAAUCAGUUGCUGGCCUAACAUUGACCUAUGAUGGAAAUAAUCCAGUGGCAUCUCACAUAAAUGUACCACUUUCUUAUUGCAACUCAGACUGCAAUUGUGAUGAAAGUCACUGGGAACCUGUCUGUGGAGCCAAUGGAGUAACUUACAUGUCACCUUGUCUAGCAGGUUGCAAAUCUUCAAGUGGCAAUAAAAAGUCUAUAGUGUUUUAUAACUGUAGUUGUGUGGAAGUAACUGGUGUCCAGAACAAAAAUAAUUCAGUGAAUUUGGGUGAAUGCCCAAGAGACAAUCAUUGUACAAAAAAAUUUUAUAUUUAUGUACUGGUGCAAGUCUUGAACUAUUUUUUCUCUUCAUUGGGAAGCACCCCAACUAUCAUGCUGGUUUUUAAAAAUGUUCAACCUCAGCUGAAAUCCCUUGCAGUGGGUUUCCAUUCACUAACUAUACGAGCAUUAGGAAAAGAGCACCAUUCCUCUAGGGAUUGGGGUAGAAGACUGACCAUGGCCUGGAGGCAGCCACUGAUGGCAGAAGGAAAAGUAAGCGAGAGGGGCCAGUCCCUGGGAUCCGUGCAAGCAAAAGGAAGAAACAUAACUCUAUGGCUAAUUGCAUUGGAGAAGUUGUACAGGAAGUAUAUUUGAGAAGGCCACAGAUCCUUAAAGGUAGAAAGAGGAAAUACAAAACACAUGGAGAGAAGAAGAUGGAGGUGCUGCAGGAUUCCACUUAGUUCUCGACCCAGCCUUCCUUCUGUUCUCUAAUCUCACAGCUCUGUCUGUCCUAGAAGCUUCCUGCCUCCACAUAUGAUGGAGAUGCCUCACUCCUAGAAGCUAAGCCAUAGAAGCUAGCAGAUGAAAUAGAAUGUGGAAGCAAGCACUCCUCCUUAGAUUCUGAAAUAAGAUUGAGACUAGAGGAAAUUAUUCUAAUGCCAUAAAACAGAAAGCAAGGAAUUUUACCAUCCUAAUUGAGCACAUUAUUUUGAUGUGUCCAAUAUAUGGUGCAAUAGAACCUAACUGCUUUUAUGGGGAGAAAAAAAGUGCAUCCUGAGUAGUGAACUUUCACAAAUAAUUUUCUUGAAUACAAAAUAUGUGUAAAUUGUGAGGAUUCCAUAGAGAAUCAUUAAACUGAAAAGGAUAAUCAAAAAAUAGAUAAUUUGAAGUUUUAAAAUUCUAGUAAUGACUUAAGAUCAAGGUUGUUACCUAAAACAUUUAAUGCAUUAAGUUUGGUCAGUUUGGUCAGACUGGUGGUAUUAUAUGGGGAAAAUAAAUUAUUGGCAUGCAUUUUUCAUUUUUCAAAGGGUGGCUGUAAUUUGUGGAAAGCUGCAAAUUUUUCACCCAUUUUCUCAGUACCAGUUUUCCUCAGAUAUGUUUAGCCCAGACACCAGAAUUUUGUCAUCUCUGAUUUUUCACUCUCAGAAAAUUGAGAUUAAUUAAAAGUAAAUGGAAUUAAUAAAAUUUGUGAAAUAUGAAUCACUACCACUUUUAUGUAACAAAAUAAAAAUUGUCAGCCACUCAUCAAAAUACAAAAAGAACAAAGUAAAAACAUGGCCACUUCAGUUCCACCAUAUGCAAUAUAGAUCUCUACUGGCAUGUCCCUAAAAUUUUAUUCAAAUUACUAGUCCUUUGAACUAGGAGUUUAUCUCAGAGUUUAUUAAAAUAGCAGUAGGAAUAGAUGGGCACUUCUUCUAUAAGGCAGCAUAUGUAUUUCUAAAAAGAUUUACAUUCUGUAAAACUGUACACUACAAAUAAAACCUGGGUUAGGCACAGACCACUAGACACCUAGGCAUCAUUGUCAUCAGAACAUUAACAGAAACAAAAUUCAGCCACCAGCCCUAACUUGAACAGCCCAUGCUCCUUCAGGAGAUUUUAAAAAUGUGCACAAUCAAUGGAGAGAAAAUGCAGGAUUGUGGGCUUUAAUGACACCAACAAAGUGGAAGGGGAGCUCUAAGCCAAGAAAGGACAACCUGCCAAGAUGCCUAGAAUUCUGUGAAGCUGAGCCUGUGCUUGUCUGCGGAGGAAGAGCUAGUGUUGCCAUUUACCUUCUAAUUUUUUGUUUGUUUAUUUAGUUUUGAGAAAUUGAGCA